UCACUCACUGCGCAUGUCCGUCAACACCACCGUCGCUUCCUUCCGGUCUCAAGUCAACAUCGCGCACGUGGGCGUGUACACUUGAACACACAACAUGAAGACUGUUGCUUUGAUAAGUGGUGGUAAGGACAGUUGUUUCAACAUGAUGAAAUGUGUAGCAGAGGGUCACCAGAUUGUUGCCCUUGCCAACCUAAAACCACUUGACCAAGAUGAACUUGACAGUUACAUGUACCAGACUGUUGGACACCAAGCCAUUGAUCUUUAUGCUGAAGCCAUGGGUUUACCACUCUUCCGACAAACCAUCAAAGGGACAGCCCUGGGCAUUGGUCGAGAUUAUCUACCCCAGGAAGCAGAUGAAGUUGAGGAUCUUUAUGAACUGCUGCAAAGGGUGAAGAAUGAAUUGGAGAUCGAGGCUGUAGCAGUUGGGGCCAUUCUGUCAGACUAUCAGAGAGUUCGUGUAGAGAACGUGUGUCUCAGACUUGGCAUAACACCACUGGCCUACUUAUGGCGGUGUCAGCAGGCACCAUUGCUGCAGGAGAUGGUGGAUUGUGGGGUGGAGGCCAUUAUCAUCAAGGUGGCAGCUCUAGGCUUGAACCCAGAUCAUCUUGGUCUGACUCUGAGGGAGAUUUUACCUCAUAUGCAGCACAUGGAAAGAAAAUAUGGCCUUAAUGUAUGUGGAGAAGGGGGAGAAUAUGAAACAUUCACACUGGACUGUCCUCUCUUCUACAACAAGAUUGUCAUAGAUGAAAAAGAGAUUGUGAUUCACUCUGCUGACGCAUUUGCUCCAGUGGGUUACCUUCGCUUCCACAAAUUUCAUCUUGUGGAUAAGAGUGAUCAUCGCUCUCAGGCAGAAAGGGUUCAAGGCCUUUCCCUGACCACCAGCCAGACAUUGCUGACCAGACUAAAGCAAGAACAAAAGGAUGCAUGUCUAGAUGAUGAUACUUACCUGUCUGAACCAGCACUUCCAACUUCAUCUGUUAUAGAUUUGUUGUCUGAUACAGAAAGCUUACAACACUGUGUUGCUGAUACUGGCACCUAUUUUUGCCUUGGCUGCAUUACUGCGUACACUGAUCUUAGUCUUGCAGAGAGUGCUGGCCGAGCACUGGAUGUGCUGAGAGAUGAGGUUGAGAAGUUGGGUGCCCAGCUGUCAGAUGUGUUUUCAGUGUGCUUGCAUGUCAAGAAAAUGUCUGAUUUUGCUGCCAUUAAUGCUGUGUACAAGACCUACUUUAGCAUCAACCCACCUGUCAGGGUGUGUGUACAGGCAUGUCUCCCAGACAACGUUCUCUUUCAGCUGGACUGCCAAGGGCAGAAAAUGUCAGCACAAGUUCGGCGAACAAUGCAUGUACAGGGUGUAUCUCAUUGGGCGCCAGCAAACAUUGGGCCUUACAGUCAGGCCACUGUGGUGGAUGGCAAGGUCUAUGUGGCUGGUCAGAUCCCUCUGGUCGCAGGUUCCAUGACCUUGGCCACUGGUGGCAUCAGGAUGCAGUCCUGUCUUUCUCUACAACAUGUCAGCAGCAUUCUGGAUGCCAUGUGCCCUGGGACAACUGUUCUAAAUGUUUUGCUGGCAGUGUGUUAUGUUGUGCAUCAUGAUUUCAUUGCUGCUGCCAAACAACAAUGGCAGCUUGUAUGCACCAUGAAGGCUGAGUUGCAAAGAGCUAAGCUUGGUACAUGUGAAGAAUACCGGCCUCUGAUGCAGUAUGUUGUGCUGCCUGCGCUGCCCAGAGAUGCCAGCAUUGAGUGGCAGGUUUAUAGCACCAGUUCACCUGUUAGCAUCACAGAAACAGAAGAAGAAAUAAGACAAGAUGGUGUAUGGGUACAGUCUAGAGGGCUCACCUCUACCGAUAACCCAAAUGUAUUUUCUGCUGAGACAAAUGUGUUUCUCCAAUCCAAACAUGAAAAUCUUGACUGCUCAAAAGUUGUGUCAGCCUGCCUAAGAUGUUACAGAACCCUGAUGACCAGGCUGAGAAAAGACUGGAGUGAUGUCCCUUUACUUCGGGUCUUUUUCUGUGUGGAUAUUUUCUCAUAUCAGCAUGUUUACAAUGCGUUCCAAAAAGAGUUGCAAGAUUCUGGAUCCUUCUCUGCAUUUUCGUUGGUACCAGCACUCAGACUUGCAGAUCCAAGUCAGUGUCUUGCACUCUGUCACUGAAAGGCUUAUUUUCCAUGCAGCAAACAAGUUUUAAAAAAAAAAAGCUGAAAGUGAAAUUACACCAGUUUUGUUUUAUUAUUUUGAUAGCAUUCCUUGGCAGCAUGUACGUGCUACACAUUUUAUGGUAAAAUAAAACUAAAGUUUUGUAAAUGAUCUGCUACACACUGCCUCUGGUUGAGGACUACAAAGCUGCUGCAGGUUUUCCUGCUGAACAAUGAUAGCUGAUGGAACACCAGUUUACACACAGGCAGGCAGUAAUAUUUUUUUUUGAUAUGGAAGUCAACCUAAAGACAGUACCCAACUUUCCUUGUGAGAAAAACAGCUGUUGUGUGUCCUGUCCUUGUGCAUGCUUUGCAUGAUUCAGCUGUGGAAUGAUGGGAUUGUUAAGCCUCAAGAACAGAUAACAUCAUGAGGGAAGAAAUGUCAGUUCCUUUUAGGUAUGUUUGCUCCCAGUGUCCCCCUCAACAUCUAUUUACUUUCAUCUUGUAGCAUAUUUUUGCUUGUGAGCGUGCGCGCACACACACAUAUGCGUGCAGACUACAACAAUGAACAAAACAAGCCAUAUGGGAAAAAAACUGGUUUACUUAUGUUUUGCUAUAUACAGACAUGUACAGAGAUGAUGCUAGAAAACUGUUGUGUACAACAAAUGUAAAGAAAACAUUGCAGUUACAUAAUGCUUUUGAAUAGCUUGUGUACAAAUGCCACAUACACCAUGUCCCCAUAAUAUUGAAACCCUAUAAACCAUGUGGUAUUGCGGUCAAAGUUGGGCAAGAGGUUGGGGGUUAAGACCAAUAUCAUCUACCCAAGCAGAAAGAAUGACAAAAAAAUUUUUUUUUAAAUGAAACUACAAACUUUCAGUUACCAGAAGCAGCCUGUGAGAUGGCACACAUUCUGAAUGAUGAAACAUUUCUAAUCUAUUGUCCGCAAACCACAAUCAACUGGUAGCAAUACCAAAACUCAACUUAUUGCCUAAUAUCAGUCUCAUGGCAUGGAUGCCACCAGUAGCUCCAGUAUUUAAAUAUCAAAACAUUAUUUAAAAACUGCAACGAAAUUCAAGGGAAAAAAAGAGUACUUGAAACUCUGGUGACAAAUGUGACAGAACCUAAAGCAAUUCAGGACAGCAGCAAAGGUAUAAAUUGUGUUGCUACAAAUGUUUUUGUUACUGGUCUAAACAUUUCCUCUAUUGCACAGAAAUUGUGAACACAGAGUUAUUUGCACUUGGCACACACUGUGUGAAGCACAUUGACCACCAUCCCUCCCUUUUUUAUUUUGGCCAGCUGUUUAACAUAAAUCAAUUCCUCUUAAGAACUGAAAGAAGCUGUGUAAGAAUAGUGAAAAGAGCAGCUAUCAACACCUGCAUAAGGCAGUGAAAAGAAAAUAGCAGGUACAUACUAUAUGACAGCUCUUGUCUACAAUCAACAUGGUCAAUUAUUUUACCAAACCUGUAAAUGACUGGAAUGUCAACUGCAAUUAGAAUUAUACAAGAGGCAGUGUCAGAGGCUGACAUUAUAAUGUUCAAGUUUUCAUAAUAGGGUUUUUAAAACAAUCUGAUUGCACAUCAUUAUUAAAGUGCCACUUAUAAGUUAUACAAAGCAACAAUAAAGUUAAUUAAUCAACACAUAAACUGACUUUUGUGAUGCUUAACUAUUUUAUUCUGUCAAAAUCUGGCACAAGCUUAAGAAGAAUGAGAGGGCACGGGGAUGAUGGAACCAGAGAUCUGCGAUUAUCCAAAAGCACCUGGAAAGCAAUUAAUGGUAAAACUCAUUCAACAGUUUGAGCAAGAUUCAGACUGCACCCAACCAUAUGACAUAAAAAUGGAGCCAACAAAUUAGCAAUGCUGGUCUCAUCUGGACCAGGCUCUAAAACUGUUACCUGGGGCCCUGACAUCAUGUAACAAUUUAGAACAAAUGUCUUAUAAACACUUAACAAGAAGUUGCAAAAUGAAGAUGUAAAAAGGCAGUUUCUCAUAACAUCAUAAAAAUACAUCAGUAAUAGGGAUUAGUUUGGUAUUGGGGAGGAGGUCUCUUUAGUGCACGCAGCCCUGAACAUUAGUAAGAGGGAUAGCUUGUAUGGGGGUCACUGUAGAGCACACAGCCCUGAACACAUCAGUGAAUAGCUAUUGACUUGCACCAGUUGCUGACAUGAUUACAGGCUUGUCUUGUUAAUGUGGUGUCAACAUUAGAGUCCACAUCACAGCACAAAACUACUGCUACCGGAACUAUUUCUAAGUUACAAAUCUCUAGAUGCAGUCUUGUCAUGGCGAAUGUACAGAUGUGUGACACCGGCAUCUAUAAAGCAGCGUAGUCUAUUCAAGUAUCAUGGGAUGUAAAAAAAAAAAAA